UAUGGACAGGACAAGGGUUAGUGGGAAGGUGAUACAGUUUCAGCAGGCACUAACUCUUUUGAAUGAAAGUGGCCAUCCGUUUCAAAUGAAAUGAUAUCAAUUUCUCCAUAUACAAUAUUAAGACUUCCUCCAUCAUUAUUCCCUGCUUAUUUAAACUCUUUCCCAUCUUCACAUAUCAAGAGAAAGAAAAAAGAGAAAAAAUAGAGUAAAGAAAAUGUUAGGACCAAGAGAUGCAAGAAGUUUAACAGUUCAGGUGAUCCAUGGCAGGUGGUUCAUGGUGUUUGCCUCCUUCCUUAUAAUGUCAGCGGCUGGAGCCACAUAUAUCUUUGCCAUCUACUCCAAGGACAUCAAAACCAUUCUUGGCUAUGAUCAAGAAACACUCAACACUCUUGCUUUCUUCAAAGACCUCGGUGCCAAUGUUGGCAUCAUUUCAGGUUUCGUAGGUGAGAUCGCUCCUCCAUGGGUUGUUCUCUCCAUUGGUGCCAUCAUGAAUCUCGUUGGUUACCUCAUGAUCUAUCUUAGUCUCACGGGACGCAUAGAACAACCACGGUUCUGGUUAAUGUGCCUUUUCAUAGCUGUUGGUGCUAACUCUCAGACUUUUUCCAACACCGGUGUGCUGGUAACUUGUGUCAAGAACUUCCCGGAGAGCCGUGGCAUCAUCCUUGGUCUCCUCAAAGGUUUUGUUGGUCUCAGUGGUGCCAUUUUCACUCAGCUUUACCUUGCCUUUUACGGCAAUGACUCCAAGUCUCUCGUCCUCCUCAUUGCUUGGCUUCCAGCAGCCAUCUCCGUUGUCUUUGUCCACACCAUUCGGGUUAUGAAGGUUGUUCGUCAAGCCAAUGAGUUCAAGGUGUUCUGUUACUUCCUCUACAUUUCUCUAGUCCUUGCUUCCUACCUCAUGAUAAUGAUCAUCAUUGAGAAAAAGUUUAUAUUUACUCGCACUGAAUACAGCGCAAGUGCUGCUGCCAUUGUUUUCCUCCUCUUCCUCCCCUUGUUCAUUGUCAUAAGAGAAGAGUUCAUCCUUUGGAAACAAACUCGUACUAAUCCAACACUAGUCCAAAUCACAACUACAUCACCAGCAACAUCAUCACAACCAGUACCAACAUCAACCUCAACAACCACAUCUACAAACUCAACCACUUCCAUGAAAUUAAACCUUCGUAGUAUCAUCACUACGUUUAAACCUCCAAAGAGAGGGGAAGACUAUUCCAUUCUUCAGGCUUUAUUUAGUAUUGAUAUGUUAAUUAUCUUUUUCGCUACAAUCUGCGGUAUUGGAGGUGUUUUAACUGCUGUAGACAAUCUGAGUCAAAUAGGUGAAUCAUUAGGCUAUCCUCCACGUAGCAUCAGCACAUUCAUCUCCCUUACGAGUAUAUGGAACUACAUGGGAAGAGUCACUGCAGGCUUCACCUCCGAAAUCCUUUUAUCGAAAUAUAAAUUCCCCAGGCCAAUGAUGUUCUCCAUUGUUCUUCUCUUAUCUUGUUCUGGCCACCUACUCAUCGCCUUCGGCGUCCCAGGAUCUCUCUAUGCUGCUUCAGUGAUCAUGGGCUUCUCUUUGGGAGCUCAAAUGCCACUCAUCUUCUCCAUCAUAUCAGAAUUGUUUGGACUCAAGUACUUUGCCACAUUUUAUAACUUUGGUGGUCUUGCAAGUCCUUUGGCAUCUUAUAUACUUAAUGUGAGGAUCACUGGUCACUUGUAUGACAUACAAGCUGCGAAGCAGAGAAGUGAAACCAAGACAUGCAUUGGAGUGGAGUGUUUCAAGCUUUCAUUUCUUAUAGUCACCGCACUCACACUUGUUGGAGCGCUUGUUUUAAUGGUCUUAGUUUGGAGAACAAGAGAUUUCUACAGAGGUGAUAUAUACGCCAAAUUUAGAGAAAAAAGAAUGCAGGAUGAGGUUGAGAUGAUGGAAAGUGAGAAAGGGGAAAUCAAGUGAUGAAGUUAAAGGUCAUGUUAAUUAUGCGCAUGAGGGAUAGAAUGUUUAAAGAAUAAUUAAAA